AUCCCAAUAAACCCGACCCGGUUCUCUUACCAAACGAAAAAAUGGUGAAACACAGUCCAACAUGCGUUUAGCAUUUCAAAUCCCUUCUCCCUCUUAUUCAUAAACCUAGAUAAAACAAUUGAUCCUCUUUCGCUCGCAAUUUCAAUGCAAAUUCUCCAAAAUUAGGGUUUAUUCUACUCUGUAACCAUGGUUGGAAAAGCCAUGGCCGCGACUUCGCGUGAAAAGCUCGCAAGUCUCAUCCACUCAGCCAAAUUGGCCAUUGAUAUACCUUCAAAGCUCGACUCAUUGCGCAAAUUGAAGACUGAACUUCCUCAAGAAGAUCCUGUCAUUCUUACUGAGUUCCUCCCUCAGAUUUUCGAGUUCCUCUCAGAUUGUUUCAGUCCUGUUCGCAAAUUUGUCACCGAGAUGAUUGGUGAAAUUGGAUUGAUGAACACUGAAUUCUUGCCUGAUAUUGUGCCUGUGUUGAUUGAUGUCUUGGAUGAUGAUACACCUGCGGUUGUUCGCCAAGCUAUACUGUGUGGAAUUGAUUUGUUUCGUUACACACUUGAGAAAAUCGCGGUUCAGGGUCUAUAUUCCAGUGAUUUAGACAGCGCAGUUGAAUCUGCAUGGGACUGGAUGAUUAAAUUCAAAGACAAAGUAUACUCAAUAGCAUUUCAAAAUGGAAGGGGGGGAGCAAAGCUGCUGGCAUUGAAGUUUGUUGAAGCAGUUAUUCAUCUUUACACACUUGAUCCUAAUGGUUCCACAGAACCCACUUCUCAUCAUGGAAAACAACCGGUAUUUAAUAUCUCAUGGCUGAGGCGGGAUCAUCCUGUACUUAACAUUGGAGAUUUGUCAAUGGAAGCUAGUCAUAAUUUGGGUCUCUUGCUUGAUCAACUUAGGUUUCCAACUGUGAAGUCUCUUAGUAACUCAGUAAUCAUUGUGCUGAUUAAAAGCCUUUCAGCAAUUGCUAUAGACAGGCCUGCAUUCUAUGGUCGCAUCUUGCCAGUUUUGCUCAGUUUGGAACCCUCAAGCUCUGUUGUUAAUGGGGUCUGUGUGUCUGCGGCACAUCAUGCUCUAAAGAAGGCCUUUCUUACGUGCACGAAAUGUACACAUCCAAGUGCUGCCCCGUGGAGAGAACGUUUGGCAGGUGCCUUGAAGGAGAUGCAGUCUGAAGGGAAGGCAGAUCAGGUGUUCCAGCCAAUCUCUGCAAGUAAUGGAAGUAUAUUACCAAGAGAGGAUUAUCAACCAGUUAUCAAGGAAGAGGAUGCUGCAGUGAGUUUGUUUGAUUCAGGGCACAUCAAUUUAGGAAGAAAACGACCAGGAUCACCAAAUGGAGGUGAUUUAGCUGAAGAUGCAGAUGUUCCUGGAAAGCGUGUUAGAACAGCAACUGAUGGUUUACAAAAUAAACUUAAAAUGGAAUUAGAUGAAGGUACUGCUAACACACAGGAUGACACUCCUUCCACUGCACCAGCAUCGUCAAAAGGAGAUGCGGAUAAUGGGCCUGUACAGCAGCUUGUUGCCAUGUUUGGUGCUUUGGUUGCUCAAGGUGAAAAGGCUGUUGCAUCUUUGGAAAUUCUUAUCUCAAGUAUUUCUGCUGACUUACUAGCUGAGGUGGUGAUGGCAAAUAUGCGAUAUCUACCUCCAAAUUGCCCUAAUGCUGAAGGAAAUGAUGAACAGUUGCAUGACAUUAGUAUAUUUGGUUCCCAUGACAAGGCUAAAUAUCCACAAUCAUUUGUGGCUGGUGUUAUGUCACUUUCUAGUACUUUCCCCCCUGUUGCUUCACUUCUUGAUGCUCAUCAAUCAGUGUCCAAUGUUCAUCAAUCAGGGUCCAAUGUUCAUCAAUCAGUGUCCAAUGAUUUAGUGAAGUCUCACGGGGAGGAUGAAAUUUCUUCAACUGGAGUAGAUAGUAGUGUUAUACACUCUGGCAUGAUUCUUUCAUCUCAAAAUGCACCAUCACCUACUGAUUUUCCAUCUUCUGAUGCUUGUAUACCUGGAGUGGAGAAUGUCAGCACAACUCUGCCUUGUGACAUAGAUGACGUUGGCAACUUAGAGAGUGGAAUCCCUGGCCUAGAUUCUUUUGGUCGAAAUGAUGCAUUGUCAGAAACUUUGGCUGCUUCCUCAUUGGUGUCCACUGAUAUGCAAAUAGAAGAUGCCAGUCAAGAGCAAGUUACGAGUUUGGAUAAUAGCUCACCCUUGAGCUUAGUUCCAUCAAUAUCUGCAGAUAAAUCUGAGGAGCUGAGCCCAAAAGCAGUUGCUACAGAUGUCAAUAGUUUGGUGUCCUCAACAGCUACUUCAGUUGUGUUGCCUUCUCGUCUAGUAUUGCCAAAGAUGAUUGCUCCAGUUGUUGAUCUUGCAGAUGAACAGAAGGAUCAUUUGCAAAUAUCAUGUUUUAUGCGUAUCAUUGAUGCAUAUAAGCAAAUAUCUGUAGCUGGAGGCUCAAAAGUUCGAUUUUCAAUACUUGCUUAUUUAGGAGUUGAGUUUCCUUUGGAGUUAGACCCGUGGAAAUUGUUACAAAAGCAUAUUUUGAUUGAUUACUCUAGUCAUGAGGGACAUGAGUUGACAUUGCGUGUCCUCUACAGGUUAUUUGGUGAGGCUGAAGUGGAGCCUGACUUCUUUUCUUCCACAACUGCAGCUUCUGUAUACGAAACAUUCCUCCUAACAGUGGCAGAAGCACUUAGAGAUUCUUUUCCACCUUCGGAUAAAUCAUUAAGUAAACUGCUUGGUGAAUCUCCUUAUUUGCCAAAAUCAGUUUUAAAAAUUUUAGAGAACAUGUGUUCUCCUGGAAAUGAGGAUAAAGUUGAAAAGGAAUCACACACAUUGAAUGCGGAUAGAGUUACUCAAGGUCUAAGUGCUGUAUGGAGUUUGAUUCUUCUAAGGCCUCCCAUUCGAGAUACUUGCUUAAAAAUUGCUUUACAGAGUGCAGUGCAUCACUUGGAAGAAGUGCGCAUGAAAGCAAUACGUCUGGUAGCAAAUAAACUUUAUCCUUUAUCAUCAAUUUCUAAGCAAAUAGAAGAUUUUGCGAAGGAAAUGAUGUUCUCAGUGAUGAGUAGUGAUGCUUCUGAAGCUACAGAUACGGAAGGGUCCAUUGCUGAUUCACAAAAGCUUCCAAAUGAACCACUAUCUUUGAGUGGCAGUACUAAGGAUGUCGCAGAUAAUCGGCAACCAAACACAUCUGAGGCCACCUCACUCCUUUCAGUUUCUGAGGCUCAGAGGGGAAUGUCAUUGUAUUUUGCUUUGUGCACAAAGAAACACUCCCUCUUUCGCGAAAUAUUUGUCAUCUAUAGAAACACAUCAAAAGCAGCAAAGCAGGCUAUUCAUCGUCAGAUUCCCAUACUAGUUCGUACAUUGGGUUCAUCUUCAGUUCUGCUUGAAAUUAUAUCAGAUCCCCCAAAUGGAAGUGAGAAACUCCUAAUGCAGGUGUUGCAUACACUUACUGAUGGUACAAUCCCUUCCAAGGAUUUAAUAUUUACUGUGAAAAGGUUACAUGAUUCAAAACUUAAGGAUGCAGAGGUUCUUAUUCCAAUAUUGCCAUUCCUACCGAAAAAGGAGGUAAUGCCGGUUUUUGCCAGCAUUGUUAAGAUGCCUUUUGAGAAGUUUCAAGAAGCACUUGGUCGCAUAUUGCAGGGAUCAUCACAAUCUGGUCCGGUGCUCACACCAGCUGAAAUAUUAAUUGCUAUUCAUGGAAUUGAUCCUGAAAGAGAUGGAAUUCCCUUAAAAAAGGUAACUGAUGCGUGCAAUGCUUGCUUUGAGCAGCGACAAACUUUUACCCAAGAAGUUCUUGCCAAAGUUUUGAAUCAAUUGGUUGAGCAAAUUCCUCUUCCUUUAUUGUUCAUGCGUACGGUAUUACAAGCAAUAAGUGCUUUUCCAACACUGGUGGAUUUUAUUAUGGGGAUUCUCGCUCGCCUUGUGAAGAAGCAGAUAUGGAAACAACCCAAGCUGUGGGUGGGAUUCGUGAAGUGUUUGCAAUUGACAAAACCUCAGUCAUUUGGUGUUUUGCUUCAGCUACCUCCACCACAAUUGGAAGCUGCAUUAAAUAAAGUUCCUGCACUGAAGGCACCAUUGAUUGCUCAUGCUAGCCAGCCAGAUGUACAAUCUUCACUUCCCAGGUCUGUGCUGGUUGUUCUUGGCAUUGUUUUCGAUUCUCAGGUUUCGAGUCAGCCAGGCAUUGUUUCCGAUUCUCAGGCUUCAAGUCAGCCAGGCAUUGUUUCCGAUUCCCAGGUUUCAAGUCAGCCACAAACUAGCCAAACACAGACAGUCGAGACAAGCAACUCAGAUAAAGACACAAUGACUGAAAAAUCCAAAGAUUCGUCUACAGUGAGCUAAACUUAAACACGCAUGGUUGUGUGGUGGAAUCCACUAGUCAACUGUGAGACUCACAAGUUAAAUUAUAGCCCAUACCUUACUGAGACUAAGCUGCUAGUAGUUAUCUCAAGAAAAUGGAAUGGUGGACCAGAAUUGAUGGAUUUGUCAUGUUCAAAUGGCUGAAUAGUUGGUCCACGUGCCAAAGGUUUUGUACAUUUGCACGGGGCAACAAUCUGACUUUGUAUAUUUGUAGGUGGAAUGAUGUAUUUUAGGAUGGUAUAAGAAGAAUCAUACUAUCUCAAAUUGGUCCCAAUUUUGGGUUUCUGCUAGAGCAUAGUGUUACUUUUAGGAAUGUAUACAUGAUAUAUUGAUCACCUAGUGGAUGCCUUUCUUGUGUUAGUCUUGAACAUUAUAUUUUUGUAUCAAGGGUUUAAGACAUGUAUCUAUGAGUAUUACUCAUUCCCUUCAAUAAUAAUAUAUAUAUUUUUAAUUCA